UUCCGGGUUACCUUGGCGUGUUGUUGUUGUAAGAGCAGGCUGAAGCUGAACAGGAAAAACACAAAUAACCGAGAACUCCGAGGAAAAGUCGCCCUCUCCUCACGUCUCCUCCCGGUCUCUGAUGUACCGUGCUCCGGUCAGACCUCAGCGGAGUCCCGGGGCUCCGCGGCCGCCGGGCAGAUUCCCUUCCCCGGGUUCAGGCUGGGGUUUCCCUGGAGGAUCCGCUACCCGCGGAGGGUCUCCUCUCCGCAGCCCGGGCUACUCCCCCCGGUACUCCCCGGGCUUCUCUCCGGGUUCCCCGCGGGGGUUCGGGGCCUUCAGACGGCCCCCGUCCUUUAGUCCCUCUGCUCACCUGCAGCAGUCCAGAUCAUCUUCAGAUGCUCCAGUGGAGAAAUACUUCAGUCCAGCAAUGAUGCAGGACCCCUGGGCAGCUCUACAGCCCGUCCCCCAGCCUGUGCCCAUCGGAGACACACAGACGACAUAACGGGGCACAGAGACACCAUGACAGCAAUAAAAGACGCCAUCAGACAGGAAGUCAAGACACCAUCAGACAGGAAGUUAAGAUGCCAUCAGACAAGAAGUUAAGACACUGUCAGACAUGAAGUUAAGACACCAUCAGACAGGAAGUUAAGACAACAUCAUACAGGGAGUUGAGACACCAUUAGACAAAAAGUUAAGAUGCCAUCAGACAGGAAGUUAAGAUGCUAUCAGACAAGAAGUUAAGACACUGUCAGACAUGAAGUUAAGACACCAUCAGACAGGAAGUUAAAACAACAUCAUACAGGGAGUUAAGACACCAUUAGACAAAAAGUUAAGAUGCCAUCAGAAAGGAAGUUAAGACUCCAUCAGACAGGAAGUUAAGAUGCCAUCAGACAGGAAGUUAAGACGCCAUCGGACAAGAAGUUAAGACACAGUCAGACAUGAAGUUAAGACACCAUCAGACAGGAAGUUAAGACAACAUCAUACAGGGAGUUGAGACACCAUUAGACAAAAAGUUAAGAUGCCAUCAGACAGGAAGUUAAGAUGCUAUAAGACAGGAAGUUAAGACAACAUCAUACAGGGAGUUGAGACACCAUUAGACAAAAAGUUAAGAUGCCAUCAGACAGGAAGUUAAGACAGCAUCAGACAAGAAGUUAACACUCAAUCAGACAGGAAAGUAAGAUUCCAUCAAACAGAAAAUUAACACUCCAUCAGACAAGGAGUUCAGACGCCAUCAUACAAGAGGUUAAGACCACAUCAGACAGGGAAUUGAGACACCAUCAGACAGAAAGUAAAGACUCUAUCAGACAGGGAUUUAUGAUGCCACCAGACAUGAGGUUAGGACAACAUCAGACAGGAAGUUGCGACUCCAUCAGACAGGAAAUUAAGAAUCCAUUAGACAGGGAGUUGAGACAUCAUCAGACAGGAAGUUAUAACUCCAUCAGACGGAAAAUUGGAAGACCCCAUCAGACAGGAAGUUAAGACUCCAUCAGACAGGAAGUUAAGACAUCAUCAGACAGAAGAUUAAUUUUCCAUCAGACAGGAAGUCAAGACACCAUCAGAGAAGAAAUUAAGAUUCCCACAGACAGGAAGUGAAGACACAGUCAGACAGGAAGGUAAGAUGCAUCAGACAGGAAGUUGAGACACCAACAGACAUGAAGUUAUGACUCCAUCAGACAGGAAAUUAAGAUGCCAUCAUACAGGAAGUUAAGACUGCAUCAGACAAGAGGUUAAGAUGACAUCAGACAGGGAAUUGAGACACCAUCAGACAGGAAGUAAAGAUGAGCUCAGACAGGAAGAUUUGUGGCCAUCAAACAUAAAAUACAGACACUGACUGGAAACCAGACACACAUCUUUAAGGACUCAUCUUCUGAGCAUGCUCAGACACCAGCAGACUCUGUUUGCCAGCAGCUUUGUGAAAUUAUUAAAUCAGGGAUCAAACAAAUUUUUGUUGAAAUGUUUUUAAAAUUUUGAAAUCAAAUAAGAUUUUUUUCACAGUUUUUAUUCAGAGAAAAAUUUGUUACAAUAUUCAGUUUGUUGUACUUUUGAAAAUAAAAACAGAGA